CCCCGCAGAAUUGUGGGAUAUUAAAGUCCUCCGGUGGCGCGCUGCCGCCAUGACUCCCAGGGAGAAGCGGUGGAUCGCGCUUAUCUCUGUGGUGGUGAUUUCUCUCGCGGUCCUGUGUUUAGCUCUUUAUUUUAUUCCGACUUUUCUUUAUAUACUGUUAAUUCUUGGCAUCUCUGGUGCCGUUUUCUUUUAUCACACCAACGAGCCGCCAUUCAGGAGCAGGGAAGGCCAACAUCCUCGGCCUUAUCUGAUCAUCCCGCCGCUUUUCAGACGCUGGUUGCCGGCGAAGACUGCUAACGGUGUGCCGUCGGGCGUAAGAGUCAGUUCAAGAGUCAAUAGGGGUCGUUUUGUUAAGGGAGAUAUUAGAGAUACCGUUGGAUUAAGCGGUGAAAAACGCGUACAGAACACCGGUCUUUUUAGGAAAGAGGCUGAACUCAGCGCCUCGUUGUUGUUUAGUCCUCGGGACAUACUCAUGGGAAGUUACCUCGGGAAGCCAGACAGUCCCUCGGCCGUUGGAAGGCUCGGUGGCGCCGAGACAAGGGAACUCCGGGAGAGGCUGUCCCGACCCAACCAUGCAGUUCAGACCCCCAACAGAAGGUUGUCUUUCGGGGAGCCCCUGGGCGCAGCCGGCCGCUUCACCAUCACCCCUCAGCGGCACUACCCCAUCGCCCAGCCCGGCUGCUCGCCCAUGGGGCUGCUGGCUCCCGCCCAGUGGCACAGCUACCGGAAGAAGAGCAUCCUCACGCCGCGGAACAGCCCGCGCCUGCACAGCCCCGUGACCGUGAAGAUCGCCCGGCCCGACCACCACGCCACGCGCUCGCCGUUCUUGAAUCACCUGGGCUCCCCGCUGACCCCCCUCAGUGCAGGUUUGGGGUCGGGGGUGGGGGCCGCGGCCGACCCCUGCUCCAGGGAGACGGUUCUGAGCGUGCUCAAAGUGAGCCGCAAGCGCGAGGUGGAGGAGGACGAGGACCGGAGCUACAUGGGCACGCAGAAGAGCAAGAGGAGACGCCACGGAAGCAGCGAGAGUUCCCAGUCUGCCUUCGAACCCCUGACCAACGGAACCCCGUCCCACCUGGUCCCCAAGCCAGGGAGGAUGAAGCGAGGGAUAAACACGUUAGUGGUGGAGGAGUCCCACACGAAGAGAUCCCGCACCUCCUCCGUCAGCUCUCUGGGGUCGGGCCGGAGCCCCGGGGGGGUCCCCGGCGGAAUCCGGAACCCCAUCUACAGCUCGUACAGCUCCUCACAGGGCGCAGCUCAGAACAAGCCGUCCACCCUCAGCCUGUCUCCCCUCUCCAGCCCUGGAUCGUCUCGAUCGCAGACCCCAGAGAGACCCCCAAAAAAGCCGAGGGAGGAAGUGGCUCAGUCCUCCAGCACGGCGCCCGCCGCGAAGGCCCUCGCUAAAGCAGCGGACCAGCCUGCCAGCGCGGGGAAGAACACCCCUACACCGACAGCACCAGUGGUCACUUCCCCAUCAGGCUCUGGGGGCAGUGAGGGAAGGCGCAAGAGGAAGAUUCCAUUGGUGCCCAGCCGAAGGGGGGACAGCAUCUCCCUGCCUCCAGCCCCAGAGCUGGGCUAUACCAUCACUGUGACAGACCUGGAUUUGGAGAAGGCGGCAGCCCUGGAGCAAAUUAAGAAGGCCCUGGAAGACCCAGAGCCGGCUGAUCCUGCCCCUGCCCCUGCCCCAGUGGUGCCCUCCUUCCCCACGGUCCCCGCCACCAGCGUGGCUCCCUCCACCUCCGGAGGCCUGCUGCUGGGCUGCCUCACCUCCAUCUCCACCUCCGUCGCCCCCACCUCCACGGCUGCCUCCGGCGUGCCUGGCUCUGCCCCCCCCCCGGGGGCCGGGGUCAGUACCAUAGCGGCUCCCACCUCCUCCACCUCCACUGCAGCUCCUGCCCCCACCUCCAGCCUGCCCAACCCCCUCCUGGAGUCUUACAGGAAGAUGCACAACCCUUCGGCAGGCCCUGCUGCAGAUGGGACGGCAUUGACGGGCCUUUCGGCCCCAACACCCUCGCUGUUGAGUUCCGGAGGGGUGAAGGUGGAGCCUAGUCUGACUCCGGCACAACCUAGCCUCAAUCUGGCACAGUCUAGCCUCAAUCUGGCACAGCCUAGCCUGACUCCAGCACAGCCUAGCCUGACUCUGGCUCAGCCUAGCCUCAAUCUGGCACAGCCCAGUACGACUCUAGCACAGCCUAGCCUCAAUCUGGCACAGCCUAGCCUCAAUCCGACACAGCCUAGCGUGACUCUGGCACAGCCUAGCCUCAAUCCGACACAGCCUAGCGCGACUCUGGCACAGCCUAGCCUCAAUCCAGCGCAGUCGUCCUCAGCUGUGGCCCCUACCAUCCAGCUCCCCAGCUCGAUGUCCAGCUCCGCAUUCAGCCAGGUCAUACCCCAGCCUGCACAGUCCUCCACCACCUUCAGCCUGGCCAGCGUGGUGAAGCCCCCCUCCUCUUCCUCGUCGGCCACUGCCACCACGGUAACCACGAGCGGUGCCGUUAAUCCCCUCGCCUCGUGUUUCAAGCCUAUCUUUGGGCCGGUGGCAGGAACAGCGCCCCCUAGCGCCACCUCUGCCAGCUCAUCGGCCCCGCCCCACUUCAAGCCCAUUUUUGGGCAGCCUCAGACCACCCCGGCCGCCCCCGCCUCGUCCGAGAGCGGCUCUGUGUUCGGGCAGCUCUCUGGCACCGCCGCCCCCGCUGACCCCGCCGUACAGGCGCCCGCCAAGUCGCUGUUCGGGAGCUGGAGCGCGGCCCCCGGGACCAGCGCGGCCCCCACCACCAACGGGAGCUCCUUCCAGUUCGGCGCCACGCCCGCCACUACGUCAGCCCCCGCCCUCAACCCCGCCUCCACCGCCGCCCCUGGCCCCGCACCCUUUCAGUUUGGGGCGGCCACGGCAACCACGGCAGCCCCUCCCGCCACCCAGGCGGGUUUCAGCUUCGGCACGCCCAGCACCCAGGCCUCCACAGGGCCCUUCGGCGGGUUCAGCACGGCCACCUCCGCGGCAACAGGCUCCGCCCCCGCGAGCCAGCCGGGGUUCUCCUUCGGGAAGCCCGCCUUCGACGGACCCGCCGCCUUCCCCUCCGCCCCCCAGGCGGUGGCGGCCAAGCCUUUUGCUUUUGGGUCGAGUGGGGGAGGAGGGGCAGGGGCAACGCCCUUCAGCUUCGGGGGGGCCGCCACUACGUCCGCCCCUCCAUCCUUCGGGACCCCCAGCCAGCCGGCGUUCGGUGGAGGCACGUCAGGGUUCGCGUUCGGGACCACCACGGCUCCCUCCACCGCCCCCACCUUCGGCUCCAGCACCCAGACCUCCGCCCCUCUCCCCGCCCCAGCGCCCACCUUCUCCUUCGGGGGUGCAGCGACCGCACAGCCCAACGCCCCCGCCCCCUCCCAGGCCACGCCCCUACAGCCCGCCUCCGGGGGCUUCAACUUCGGGGCGGCGGUGGCGGGCGGCACGUUUGGCGCCCCGACCCCCGCCCACCCCUCCGGCCUCACCCAAAACUUCUCCUUUGGGGGAGCCAACAACGCAGCGGACAGCAAGCCCGCCUUCGGGACGUCCACCCCCGCUUUCGGCCAGAGCACCGCAGCCUCUGUCCCCUUCGGAAGCCCCGGCUUCACUCCCUCACCGUUUGGGGGCUCCCCCGCUCCAGCCUUCUCCAUCGGCUCCGGGUCCAAGCCCAGCGGGGCCCGGCAGAGGCUCCAGGCCCGGCGGCAGCACACCCGGAAGAAGUAGCCGUCGCUGGGGAGGAGAGAGCCGCGUCCCGCCCGGGUGGGGCGUGGAGGCCCGGUCCAAACCUGGAGAAGAGGCGGGUCGAGCCCAACUGCUGCUGAGGACCCCUCGCCCGUACCGAGCCCUCGCCCCACCCAGCCCCCGCCUCCUCCAUGGGUCUGGCUCUGCUCUCAGACGCCAGGGAACAGGGAGAGGAGGGGGCUUCAGGCUACAACAGUAUAAGGCUACUUGAACAAAACAAGAAAAACUACUUCAAACCUGGAGUCAAAACUUUGUACAAAUCUAACCCCACCCCCUGUCCCGCCCCCUGCCCUGGCUCCGCCCCCCUCUCCCCUCCUGCUUCAUUAUGUCCACCGAACCAUCACAGCACUGUGCUCAUUCAUCCUCCUUCAGGUACAGGCUGUCCUUCCCAGCACCGCUCCUCUGCCUGCACACGCACUAUUACACGCUCAGUGCUUACCACAGCUGUAUUUCUAUAGGGGGGGGGGGGGAUUACCUCACUGGCUGUGUGGAUGUGAGGAUAGUGUUGCGUAAAUUCUGGGAUGAGACUUGUCUGGUUUUCUGUACGAUGCAGAUUAGUGUUUCCAGGGUAUCGCUGUGGAGGAAGCAGUUGGAGCAGUUUGUUUUCUGCGCAGGCAGACGCUGGUGGAUCGUUGCCGUUCACUAGUUGGUCUUUUUUGGUCGUGGCUUUGCGGAGAAGAUCAGGAAUAGGAACAUUACAGGAGUAAGGAAAGCAUUUGCACUCGGUGUAUAAUUCAUGCAUCACUCACCUAAUGGGAAUGUUAGUUUUCACGUUUAUAAAUCUGUCGAUUUUUGUGUAAAUAAUGCAAGCGAUGUCACGAGCCUAAAUCUGGAGUGAUACUUUCAGCAGAUAGUUUCCAUUAAAUACUCUGUUUUCCAAAGAA